UGCAAACUACUACUAGCAAUGUUCCACUACGUUUUAUUGGCCAACUAUUUUUGGUUGUUUAUCGAAGGACUGAAUCUACACACUCUAAUCAUAGUGGCCGUAUUUUCAGAGAAAAAUAGAAUUAAAUGGUAUAUCGGCUUGGGUUGGUUAAGUCCCUUGAUAUUUGUGAUUCCGUGGGUUGUCGUUCGAGCGCUGUUGGAAGAUACGUUGUAA